AUGUUGUCGCCAGUCCAAGUUGUACAGCGGCUUUACGACGAGUUCAUAACAUGGAAAAGAAGUGGCCAGGCGCUCGGAAGCUUUCUAACGAGCAAAGACCCUCGUCCGGUGAUCAACGGCUACAAACUGUCCAAACUGGAGAUCGCGCACUACUCAUUCAUUGCUAGCGUGUUCUUUUUCGUGCUUUGUGUGUUGGACAUCAGCAUCUUCUUUAAACUAGCGGCUGUCGCUGUUCUUGGAACGCUGGUGGCUAUGCCCAUAACGGGCCAGUUCUUCCUCCACGGUCUACCGGUGUUGGCGUGGGUGGCUCUUUUCUUCAGUUCGGGAAAGAUCCCACACUCGUGGAAACCGCCAAUCAGCGUCAAAGUUUUGCCAUCCAUGGAAACCAUUUUGUAUGGUGACAAUCUUAGUGACCUGCUUGCUGCCACCACAAACCGGGUUCUGGACCUGUUUGCAUGGUUUCCCUACGGAAUCAUCCACUUUUCCGGCCCUUUCAUUGUUGCUGGAUUGACUUUUAUCUUUGGCCCUCCCACUGCUGUCAGAUCUUACGCGUUUGCCUUUGGUUACAUGAAUUUGAUCGGGGUCAUUAUACAAAACAUGUUUCCUGCAGCUCCACCAUGGUACAAAUUGCUCCAUGGGCUGGAACCAGCCAACUACGACAUGAACGGAUCUCCAGGUGGUCUGGGUAGGAUAGACGACUUUUUUGGCUUUGAUAUGUACACCACCACCUUCAGCAACGCUCCGGUUGUUUUUGGAGCUUUUCCGUCAUUACACUCUGGGUGUGCUUCUAUGGAUGCUCUGUUCCUGAUGUACCUGUUUCCCUCUAUGACGCCUCUUUGGUGCGCAUAUGUGUGCUGGUUGUGGUGGUCUACGAUGUAUUUGACACACCAUUACUUUUUCGAUUUGACUGCGGGAGCCACCAUGGCUCUGACUUUCUUCUCGUACGUCAAAUACACGUCUCUUCCCAUAAUCAACCCCAAAUGCUUUUGCCGCUUUUCCUAUACUUCUAUCUCGAAGUUCGACAUCCAUGGAAACGACCCGCUUGCGCCUGUGUUUUACCAGAUGCCUCUUGACCAGCUAGACGAGGAAGCAGGUGUGAAUGCCCCUUUCGACGAAGCGUUUGAGUUGUCUAGUCUGUCGUCUCGCCAGACCACUUCUCAGAAAAGUUCACGCACUCCAAGCCCGCCAAACCAUUCCAAGUCGGCUCCCGCUCGGGCUGCCACUCCGGUAUCUGCGGGUGACUCUACCACCACUUCUCUGUUUGACGAGAGAACCGAUCUCCAAACGUCCACAUCCUCGGCAUCUCUCCAAGCAAGUUUGAAAUGA